GUCUUUUUCAACGGUAAACACUCCAAAGAGUCCAAUAUCUAGUCACUAUAAAUGUCAUCAUCCCCGCAGGAGUUGGGAUCACAAAUCUUUCGCUAACACUCAUUAAUUGCAAGAAUGGCACUUCGUUGCUUGGUGAUGUCCCUUUCUGUUCUCUUCACUCUUGGUCUUGCGAGAGAAAGCCAUGCCAGAGACGAAGAUUUUUGGCAUGCUGUUUGGCCAAACACUCCCAUUCCAAGUUCAUUGCGAGAUCUUCUAAAGCCUGGCCCUGCAAGUGUUGAAAUCGAUGAUCACCCUAUGCAAAUUGAAGAAACACAGUACCCGAAAACCUUCUUCUAUAAAGAAGACCUUCAUCCAGGCAAAACAAUGAAAGUACAAUUCAGCAAGCCUCUCUUUCCACAACCAUGGGGUGUUGGUACAUGGUUAAAGGAAAUUAAAGACACUACUAAAGAAGGAUAUAGUUUUGAAGAGCUAUGCAUCAAGAAAGAAGCCAUUGAGGGAGAAGAGAAGUUUUGUGCAAAAUCCUUGGGAACAGUAAUUGGUUUUGCCAUUUCAAAGCUGGGAAAGAACAUUCAAGUACUUUCAAGUUCCUUUGUCAAUAAGCAAGACCAAUACACUGUGGAAGGAGUGCAGAAUCUUGGAGACAAAGCAGUGAUGUGUCAUAGGCUAAAUUUCAGAACUGCAGUAUUUUACUGCCAUGAAGUCCGUGAAACAACAGCUUUCAUGGUUCCAUUGGUGGCUGGUGAUGGAACCAAAACUCAGGCACUUGCUAUUUGCCACUCAAAUACUUCUGGAAUGAAUCAUCAAAUGCUUCAUCAACUUAUGGGAGUUGAUCCUGGAACUAACCCUGUUUGCCAUUUCCUUGGAAGCAAGGCCAUUUUAUGGGUACCCAAUUUAUCUGUGGACACUGCCUAUCAGACCAACAUUGUUGCUUAAUUAGUCCAUGCAUCUUGAGCACCAUGAGAAUGAGAUUGUGUAUAAAAUAAAUUAUCAUGUGCUGUGUGUUGUGCAAGUACUACCUUCUCUAGCUAGAUUGCUAGAGCUAGAAUUUCAACCUACCUAUGUGUACUGAUAAGAUCUGCUUCCCUACUUAAAGAGAGCAUCAUCCUGUGAUCAGUGUGCUUCGUAUUCUCUCUCUCUAUAUAUAUAUGGUAAAAAGUGGUUAUCUCGUGCCUCGCCUUGAGCUA